AUGGAACGAUCUAUAUCAAUGGUGGUAUCGAAACUUAUGUGGAUUUUGGCGCAAACGGACAACAAGACUGGAAUACGAUCACGUCAGGCAUCAGUGCGUUCAUGCAUCCCCGUGGGAGAUAUCGUUUCACUAACAGUCACCUCAAAAGACGAAAACCUGAUCUCGGUUGACAUGACCGCCUCUUGGGAUUGGAAAACGAACGUGUCCAUCUCCCAGAAUGCCAGACGGGAAAGUGGUAGCGUCGCGGGCAUGCAGUGGCCGGUGAAUGUUCAUGACGGCUCCCUCUUUGGAGGAAUGGAGUCAUCUACAACACUCUAUAUGUUUGGUGGGACAACGUCGGGUUUCAAUCAAACUUUCCCCAACUUCCUAGUCCCGCCUACAACUCAAUACGCCCUGUGGACCUAUGACAUGGGCGCCGACGUGUGGGCAGCUAUCGACACUUCCGGAUCCCUAGACACGAUACCGUCGUGGGGAGCAAACACCGAGGCUCCAGACCAGGGACUUGCCUUCUACGUGGGAGGCCAGAUUGACAGUGGAACAGCAAAUACCACUCAGUUUUUGGAGGAUGAUACCGUGGGUGUUGGUGGGAUGGUGGUUAUCGAUACAACUAGUAACAGGAUCAAGAACAUCACAGUCGAAGAUGAAGUCAAGAGCAAUCGACAAGGUGCUGGGAUGGUGUAUGUCGACAACUUUGGCGACGCUGGAGUGCUGGUCCUCCUUGGCGGAGAAACUCAAGCAGACGGCCUGAUUUCGAUGGACGAGAUUUGGGUUUUCGAUGUCAACUCCACCGACCUAAGUGAUAACCCCUCCCCUGGUAAGAACCAGUGGUACAAACAGACAGCAACAGGCGACAUCCCUCCAACUGGACGCACGGAUUUCUGUUUGGUUGCUGCACCUGCCCAGGAUAACAGCAGUUCAAGCGUCUAUCUCUACGGCGGUACUUCCAACGGUACAAUCUUCGAUGAUAUUUACGUUCUCAGUCUUCCCUCCUUCACCUGGGUUAAGGUAUACACUGGGCAGGAUGCUCGCUGGAGCGUGACAUGUCAUUUUAUUCCACCCAGGCAGAUGAUCACAAUUGGUGGAGGUGGAAAAAGCCACAACAUCUCGUCCGAUUGUGAUUGGGAAGAUAAGAGUUUAGCCGUGCUUGAUCUGAGUACUAUCGGAUGGGGUAGCGUGUUCGACGCCGCAGCACCAAAGUUUGACGUGCCGGAUGACGUUGUCAAAGCUAUUGGUGGAGGACCAGCAGGAAACGCCACUAAGAGCGAGCCAGACGGAGGAUGGGCCGAAUCAGGCCUCAGCGAGCUCUUCACUGUCAGAAAGGCAGCAACUACUACCACCACGCCCCCGCCCGAAACAAGCACAACCGCGACAGCAUUUCCCACCUCCGAUCCCACUGUGACCGAAGAUGAUAACAAAAGCACGGGCUUGUCUGGUGGUGCUAUCGCAGGAAUUGCGAUAGCAGCGGUCGCUGGUGUAGCAAUCGUCGGCGCCGUGAUCUUCUUUUGGCUUCGUUCUCGUCGUCAGCACAGACAAAAUGUGGGCAUGGAAAUUCCCGAGAAAGACUCUCUACCAUCGUACAGCAUUGCCGCUGCCCAAAAUACACCGGAACUGGGAGGUACUCCUCAGGCUGCGGAAAUGCCAGCCAAGCUCGGCCCUGAAGAAUCAAAACCUGCCAUUCAGGAGCCCGUGGAAAAGGACGCAGGGACGGUGCAAGGCCCUCAUCCAUCACUGAGACAGAAUGGACCAGCAGAAAUGGAGUGA